UUAACUUAAAAUCAAAUGUGUGUUUAGCUCUUCUACAUAAAACCCUCAUGUUUAACAUCAACGACCAGUGAUUUCGAAACGUUUCAAAAAUUGGUCGGCGAAUUGACCUUCAUAUUCCACAUUCACUUCGGAAGAAACUAGCAAUCAAAAAAUGUGGUUAAGCCGUUAUAGCCGUUGGCCUUCCCGCUUUCAUAACCUUCAUUUUCAUUCACAAACGACAAAGCAACUUCUCUCCUCUUCCAUCACCACCGCAACAACUCAAUCCUCGCCGUCGCCAUUGCCGCCGCCAAUGCAGGUGGCGCUCACCGACUCCGCCGGACGGGGCGUGUUCGCAACUCGGAGAAUUUGCGCUGGUGAUCUCAUCCACACAGCCAAGCCCAUUGUCUCCCACCCUUCUCUCUCUUCACUCAACAGCGUCUGUUACUUUUGUCUCAGAAGGAUUUCUUCAAAUUCACCUGAUUUUGAAGCUCAUAGUGCUCGUUUUUGCAGUCAAGAGUGUGCAGAAAACUCUAAGGAUUUUUUUUAUGUUGAGAGAACAGUAGAUUGGUCCACCUUUGAUGACUAUUGCCGGGACCAAGGAUUGAAGUACCCUCUUUUAGUCAAGCGGUUGGCUUGCAUGAUUAUAUCAGGAUCUGUAUCAAGUGACAGUAUUGACAUACUUCAACCUGCUAGAUUAUCUCCUGAGAUGAUUUCAAAGAUGGAAGAGGGUUUUCAUUUGCUAAGGAGUGCUUUAAGGAAGGCAGAUGUCAUGGAUGAAGAACUGAAAUUCCUAAACAAGCAAUGGUACAUUAGUGUGCUGGCACGGAUUCGUAUCAAUGCGUUUCGUAUUGAAUUGGCUGGAGGAUCGUAUGAAGAUCUUCUUUCAUCAGCUGCAGCCUCUAUAGAUGGUGAUGUUGCAGUUGGGAAUGCUGUUUAUAUGCUUCCAUCUUUUUACAAUCAUGAUUGUGAUCCAAAUUCACACAUUAUAUGGAUAGACAAUGCAGAUGCAAGAUUAAAGGCCCUUCGUGAUGUUGAGGCAGGGGAAGAGCUUCGCAUAUGCUAUAUUGAUGCAAGUAUGGGUCACAAUGCUCGGCAAACUCUCCUGGCUGAAGGAUUCGGUUUUCGAUGCAAAUGCCCUAGGUGUUUAUCUGGUGGUUAAGCAACUUUCUUGCCUCAUUUCAUGUUUGUCCAAAAUAAUGCAGAGACAGAUGUGAAUUUGCUUCUUGCACUUUCUACUGUGCAUGAGCACUACUUUUUCGAUCUUCUUGUGCCCAGAACUAUUGGAUGAAGAGAUGUACUCUUACCUAAUUAAAAUUCCAUGAAGAAAUAAAACUCAAGGCCUAAUCAAAUCUGCUAAUA